GCGGGAGCACAGGCGACUAGAGCCACUUCGGAAGACCCGCACUACGACGGCAAAUCGACGAUCUGGCUGCGUCGAUUGCGACUAUGAAGGAGCACACGGACAAUGAGAUCAAGAAGAAGGAGGAGAAGGCCAAGCGCAAGCAGGAGAAGAUAGAGCAGAAACGGUGCGAAGAAGAAGCGAGGCUGGCUGAGGAUGCGAUUGGUUGUGCUAAUUAUUUUAGUAAGUUUGAUAUUCGUCACGGCUUCCAUCACAUUCUGGUUAAGGAGAAAGAUCAACCGAAAAUGGCCUUUGUACUGUUCGAAGGCACGCGGCAGUGGGUCCGAUGUCCGAUGGGUAUUUGCAAUGCGCCUGCCACGUUUCAGUGGGCGAUGAACGUGACGUUCCAGAACUUCGUCAACAAGACGCAGCUCACUCAGGGGAUGAUUAACUUCUGCGUCAUCGUAUACAUGGACGAUAUCCUCGUCUACUCGGAGACCUAUCACGGGCAUGCACAACACAUCGAGUGGACGCUGGGAGCUCUGAGAGACGCUGGGUUCAAAAUCGCGCUCGAAAAGAGCGAGUUUUUCCUCUCGGAAAUCUCGUUCUUGGGUUACGUGGUGACACGUGGAGGACUGCGGCUAGAUUCAAGGAAAGUCGCGGCGGUGAAAGAUGCUCCUGUCCCCACGUCAGUGACGCAGGUUCGAGCUUUCCUGGGACUGGCAUUUUACUACCAUCGUUUUAUCAAGGGCUUCGCUGCGAUUGCACGAUCUCUGACGAAUCUAUUGCGAAAGGACCAACCCCUUAGUUGGGACGCAGAGUGCGAACAGGCCUUCGCCACCCUCAAAGGCGCUUUGGCGACGACACCUAUUUUCAUCCGGUCGGACCCUAUGAAGCAGUUCAUUCUCAUCACGGACUGGCAGCCAGAGGCGAUUUCCGCUAUUUUAGCGCAGAAAGAGAAUGACGGUCGAGAGCACGUCAUCGAGUACACGUUUCGUACGGUGCCAGACGAACGAAGGAAUGACUCAGCCCCACAAGCCUCCGAAGACGAAGCGAUAUCACAAGAGGAAGAGGAGGAGGAGGACGAGGAGGGAAGCGAAGGAGAAGAGGAAACCCCGGAACAGGGAAGUUACAUCGAGCACAGCGAGGGAGAGCAGAGCGACGACGAAGAAGAAGAAGACGAGGUGGAAGAAGAGGAAUCUAAGUCGGAAACCUUGGGAGAAGAGGCGGAUUAUGUGGAAGAGGAGGAGGAGGAUCUCGAGGCGGUGCGGAAGAGAGAAGAAAUCGCCGCCGGCAAGCAACAGCUGGAAUACGCAAACGAAGCAGAUCUGCCAAUCUCAAACGAUCCCGCUAAGGAUCCGGAGCCGCCUAAGCCAGAAGAUAGGGACCUUGCUGCUGAGACUUCGAGCGCACCGGCCAGGCGACGACGGAGCCGAUCCCCCUCCCCCUCCACCUCAGCCCUGCGACGGGAGGGUGUAUGUUGUAAAUUGAGGGAGUGCAAAUCUUGGAUAGAACAAGGCGGGACUGUGGAGUUUAGGCAGUUGAGGCGUUGGAAACCCAAGAUUGGACCUGAUAAGAAAUUUAUGGGGUUUAUCUUGCGUAAUCCAUACCGUAUGGGGGCGCUGAAGCGAUGCUCGCUCGAAGUGUUGAUCAGAUUGAAUGGGGUGGCUGCUGAUUUUCAGAAGGCCAAUACAACCUCUUUCUUGCGCAGGUUAAUUUCGCGCACAGUGAAGGACGUCUAUGGUUGGAGUCUUAACGCGAAGAUGAUUGUUCGUAUUAAAUUUGAUGACCGUAUUAAGUUGGUGGAAGUUCGCAAGCUGCUGAACGACAGGAUCAAGGAACUGCAGAUUCCUGUCUGCAUGAAGAACCUUGCACGUAACAAGGUCCGGAUCGUUUGGGUUAAGAACCCUUCAAUUGUGGUGUUGUUGCACAACCAGCGCUCGUUCGCGAAAGCUGAAGUGCUUACCUGUACCUGUACAGGGCUUCCCUACCCUCGGGUAGGAGAUCACGUGCAGUUUAGAUUGCAGGAGUUGGAGGACGUUGAUCCUCUAAUAUUCAACGCUAAUAACGUGCCGAGGCACAAUCAUCUCAACUGCGGUACGUUGCUGCGUCAGGAGUUGGCCGAUGGGAUUCAAUCCUGGGCUAACUUCCGUGGACAGACACCUUUUAUUGGUGAGGGCGAUGCGACACGCUGCAUGACGACAACGAUCGACAAAAAAUCACGUUUUAUUGAUGUCAACACAGUGCAGGAGAUCAAGGUGCGUAUGAAUGGCCUGGUUUUAACUCCGUUGGAUAGGAAUGCUGGCGAGACGCUUGUACUGUGUCCUAAAGUGUACUUCGAGGCGAUGAUGAACCUUUUUGUCAGUAAUUCUGGCUAUAUUGUGAUGAGUAAGGAGGAAGUAGACGUGAAGUUGUGUAUGCGGGAAGAAGCAAAGAAUGAAGGGCUGCUACCUUUUGUUAGAUGGGAGAAGAAGGGGAAAUUUGGUGAAGCCUACGUGAUGCCCAAAAACAAGGACUUGACAAGGUUUCGGCCGAUCUGCCCCACCUACAUGGAACCUACUGUCAGGACAUGUAAAGCUGUAGCCAAGGCUCUUAAUCAUUUGUUGAAUGCUCUCCCCAUGUAGUGUCAUUUCAACCUGAAGUCG